AUGCCAGAUGAUGUCGUUAAUGACUUCUAUUCAAAACUAAGCAACGCAGUUGAAGACAUUUCGCUACACUCAAUGGUCAUCAUUGGAGGCGACAUGAACGCUCAAAUCUCAAAAGAACUAUUGCCUCCAAGACCUCGGCCUCCUGCAAAAACGGUUGACGCAGAACCCGUCGUUUCCGUACGCAAGGCUACUCUUCGUGCAUCGACACAAAGUGUCCAUUCGGCCCAGAUUAACGUUCGCAAAGCAUUUGAUUGUUAUGAAGACAAGCGCAUCAAUGAAAUACUUUGCUCAUUUGAGACCCCAGCAGCAGCGUCUGUCAUCAAGACUGCUUGGGACCUUGUCAAGAAACUCUCUGGAAAGAAAUCUCGCAGCACGAUAUUCAUCGAAGGUGAAGACCGACUCACGGCUUGGGAGAAUCAUUUCAAAAACUCAUUGAAGGCUGAACCAGCUACACAAACUGACGGCGAACCAGUUGUGAACAUCUUUGAUCUCUUCACUGCGAUAAAGAGUGGUGAGCUAACACAGGCAGAAGUAUAUAUUGCCAUUCGACAGUUAAGGAACGGAAAGGCACCUGGCCUGGAUGGUCUACCUCCGAAGUUUUGGAAACUGAAAAGAGUUCGGAAGAGCCUAUUAAAGUUCUGUAAUGAGACCUAUCACGAGAGACGCCCCAUUGAGUGGCCUAAUCCGAAUUCCAAAGAAGGCGACCUAACAAAACAGACAAUUACAGAGGUAUUUCUCUUUCACAAGUUGCAAAUUUACAACCGCUGUCUACUCAACAGAAUCCGUCCAGUUAUCGACGAGGUACUGCGUCCGAAUCAGAAUGGUUUUCGUCAAGGCCGUUCCGCCACUUUCCACAUACUCGCUCUUCGACGUAUCGUAGAAGAACUGAAGAAUCAUGACAUGGAAGCCAUAGUAACGUUCAUCGACUUCCGAAAGGCCUUCGACUCCAUCAACUGA